AUUAAAGUAUUAGCUUCUAAAACUGUAAGAGAAGAAUUCAUUUCGGCUUCUUUUGUGCAUAUAAGUCAUUUCCCAGUUAAAACGCAUGAAAAAAUCAAUAUGGACGAUCCUAGUAAAAUUGCCUUUACGCUUCAAGAUAUUCGUGAACGCCUAGCAAAGAACAAAAAGCACUGCGUGGUUAUUAUACAUGGCCUUGUGUGCGACCUUACUAACUACGUAAAUGAACACCCCGGCGGUGUUGAUGUUCUUUACCGCAAUAAUGGCAAAGACGUCACAUCUGUCUUUGACGCCUUGCAUAGUCGAUCAACACGACGCAGCGUACAGAAAUGGGCAAUCGGGCAUUUGGUGGAACCAUCAUUGGAAUCGGAUUCUACUUGUAGUGGUCUGUCGACACAGCAGAAAUAAAAUGAAAAAAAAAAGAAACUAUGUGGAUAGCAUCUUAUUCAGGAGCAUACGUUGAUAGAGUCUCUCCUCAUCUCAAAUAAGGCGACAUACCUCCUAGUCCUCUUCAAAGCGAAAGAGACAAAAUCUAUGGACUGAAAAAGAGUUUUCAUCGUCAGAUUUAUGCAUAUUAGUACUUUUGGGAUCAAAUCUAACUAAAUAAUAGUAUGCAUCUCGUGCACUAAAUCCAGCCAGAAUUUUACACAAUGCUGCUUAAUCAUCUGCGAAUUUAUAUACGAAGUUAUUGGUUUUAUACCACAAUGGAUUGUGAAGAGGUAAAUAUAUGGUCAACUUCAAUGGUUUAAAAGAAGUAAAAUAUGGGUUGAUGGCUAUUCAUUACAAAGGGUUGGACAUUAUAAAAAAUUGCGAAGGAUAGGUGUACAUUUUUAAAAGAUGCGUAUUUUAUUAUCAUUAGCUCUAUUCUUGAAUUUAAAGAUUGAAGUCAAACCGGAAUGGCAAAAAUAUGCCCAUUUGUGAUCUGUCUGAGCUAUUUUUUUCAAGGCUCCCCUAAAUUUGCCCAACAUUCACUGGAUUGGUAUGGCAUUGAUUCCCCUGUGAUACACGAAGAGUUCAGCAAAAACACGUUGGUGCCAUAAGAGUGGCUUUUUCUUUCCAUGGAAAAACAAAAGCGCAUAACCAUUUACGUAGCAAAGUAUCCAACAAAUACAUAAUUUAAUGGUAAAAUAAAAGUAAUAUGAAUUCACGCAACUGAUUGUAGGUAUGGGAAAUGCACAUCAUUCUAUAUGACGGCUAUAAUGUUGUCUCUGAAAUAUUUUUUUUGUCAUCCCAUACCCCCUGA